CAUCUAUCUCAUUAAAAAGCACGUUGGAAUUUAAUAACGUAAAUUUCAGUUCUGAAAAUGGCAAUGAGACCAAGGAGCGGUAGACCUAAUCCCAGCCGUCCACAACGGUACUUGAUAGUUGGCCGUGUGCAUGAACAGUUCAAGCCCAUGUCUGAAUGGAGACAAGAAGAUGAUCAUGACACUCUUGUUCUUUAUCUCCCUGGUUUCCAGAAAGAGUACAUCAAGGUUACAACCGAAGAUGUUAAUACCGUUAGAGUUCGUGGGGAACGUCUGGUUGCAGAUAACAAAUGGAUUCGCUUUCUGGAAGAUUUUCCAGUUCCUGAGAAUUGUGAUAUGACAGGUAUUCGAGCAAGAUUUGAUGGUGGAAUUCUGACAAUUACAAUGCCUAGGAAGAUCACCGCCACCGCCAACCCCACCGCCACUGCCACCGCACCUCGAGUUGCCCCUAAAGCCGAAGAACAACCCUUCAGAAGAACACAGCAAGAUGAAGCGUUACCAAAACCUAAAGAAGAAUCUAAGCAAAAAGAAACUGCUUUUGAAUCUGCAAAGAAACCAGACAGGCCUCGAGUUGCCCCUAAAGCUGAAGAACAACCCUUUAGAAAAACAAAGCAAGAAGAAGCUUUACAAAAACCUAAAGAAGAAUCCAAGCAAAAAGAAUCCUCUCUUCAAUCUGAGAAGAAACCAGACAGGCCUCAAAGUCCUUUAAAAGGCAGCACUUUGCCACCACAACCAAUACCACCUUCUUCAUCUAGACCAUCAAAAAAAGAACCAUUUAAAACCGCACCAGAAGUAAGGGAAAAGAAUGAGGAACUUAUAUUUGGAUCAUUACCAACGAGCAUUCCUAAGAAAGAAAAGCAUAAUGUUGUUGAGAAGCCCGAUGAAGAAAGGGAAAUCCAUCAGAAAGGUGUUUAUGGAAGGAUGGAUUUUGACGAAGGAAAAGAAAAAGAAAAACCACUAGAGGAGGAGAUGAAGAGGGUUUCCGACGGAAGAAUGGGAAAAUCGAAGGACACAGGGGUUAGUCAUGGCGGUUUUCUGGGUGAUAAAGUGGAGGAGAUAAAGAGGGUUGUGGCUAGGAGAGAGGUGAGCGAAGACAGGAAGUUACUGGUGAAUGUGGGUGUGGGUGUUCUGGUGAUUGUGGCACUCGGUGUCCAUGUGUCGUACGCCAUUGGGCUCAUUGGCAGAGGGAAGUAGUCGCAAUUAUUCGUGUAAUGUGGGCAUGUAUAUGCUUGUUGUGUGUUGUGAAUUUGUUGUUGUUUUAAUAACUCGAGAGGUUCUAGGACCGAAAUUUCUAAACUAUUUAUACAUGUAAAAAUGUAAUCAUGAAGUAAGGUGGAGAAAUUCAUGUGGAGGA